AUGGCUCCCUCCAAAAGAACCAGCAGGCACAAGCCAUCCAAUACAUCCACCUCAUCCGGCAACAAUGGCAAUCCCCCGGCGCCCUUCAAACGCCCACCGGAGGUGCUGGCGCCCUUCAUCAGCGAGCUCUCGGAGAAGCACGUGUACAUCACUCACAUCGAUGCAAAGCCCCCAGCCUUCAAGCGCAAGAUGUUUCUCGUGCCCGUCGCCAUGAACGUGGCCGUUGCACUUCUUUUCGCCUGGCGCAUGUACCACAUCCUGCCGUGGUACUGGAAGCUCCUGAUGUCGGGCUGGGGCCACGCCAACGAGACAAGGUUCAACUCUUCGGAGGCGACGUGGUCCGAGCUGGUAUGGGAGAUUUUGAAACGCGGGAUCGUCAUGUUUAUCGAUUUCAUGCUGUUCGUCUUUGUGUGGCCGUGGCCUGUGGAGUUUGCCUUUGGCAGGUCGCAUGGAAACCCGACGCGGUGGCGGCUGAAUGUUGGAUUCCGGGACAAGGAGAUUUAUGUGCGCCGCAGCAGAGACUGGGACCUGAUGCUGCGCGACAUCUUCAAGGAUGAGAAUUCGAAAAAGAUCUUGCUCGCUUAUACUCAGGAGGCAACAUCUCCAUUGCUGCAGGAGCAAAAGACGGGCUAUCUGCUGAUGAACUCUAAAUGGGACCUGGACUGGAAUCUCAUGAUCCUGGCUCACAAGUUCGUGGAUAAAAAGGAGGUCGCCCUCGAGGCGUUCAGGAACGUUAUUCUGGUAUUCCACCAGGACUACGGUUGGAUCUGCCACGAUCUCAAGAUGGGCAUAGCGGCCGAGGAAGAGGAUAGGAGGAGGCAGGUUUUUGCCUUUCGAGAUGUGCUCACGGCUAUGGGCAAAGAGAAUCUCUUUUACCGGUGGAUCGAGGUGGUGCAAUUUGAGUCCACCCAGCCAGGAGGAUUUGGCCCAGAGAAGCAAGAAGCUGCGGCGAAGAAGAUUCGUGAGAUGUUUGAGGCUGAAAGUAUCAACUUUGACGAACUGUGGAAGGAGGCUGUUGGUACGAAUCCAGGAAUAUGA